GUGAUUGACGAGAAGUGGUUUAAGAGACCAGAAGUUAGAAUUUUUGGUGCUGUUGUUUUGGGCUUGGGUUUUAUGCUUUGUUGUUGUUUGCCAAGGAAGCCUCGUUUUUAAAUGGAUUGGGAGGCGUGAAGAAUACUGCCCUAGGUACAAAGGGAAGGCGGCAGGUAGCAGUGGACGAAUUAAAGAGCUUCAUGAGCUUGCGAAUCCCCACUGCCCUAAACUGGAGGGGAUCGUCGUACGUAGAGACAGCCAUGGGCGUUUCUGCAUAAUGGAUCCUCAAAACAGCCCUGGAUGGUGGCCUGUGCUUGCCUUAGAGCAAGGGAAACAGCUCUGAUUCAAAGGAACUAGAAGCAUCUCCCUUAGUGGUAGGGAGAGAGCCAGGAGCUGUUUUCUGGGGAACUGUGGGAUGUGCCCUUGGGGGCCCAAGAAAACAGAAGGAAGAUGCUCCAGACCAGUAACUACAGCCUGGUGCUCUCUCUGCAGUUCCUGCUGCUGUCCUAUGACCUCUUUGUCAAUUCCUUCUCAGAACUGCUCCGAAAGGCUCCUGUCAUCCAGCUUGUGCUCUUCAUGUGCGUGCACAUCCAGGAUAUUGCAGUCCUCUUCAACAUCAUCAUCAUUUUCCUCAUGUUAUUCAACACCUUCGUCUUCCAGGCUGGCCUGGUCAACCUCCUAUUCCAUAAGUUCAAAGGGACCAUCAUCCUGACAGCUGUGUACUUUGCCCUCAGCAUCUCCCUUCAUGUCUGGGUCAUGAACUUACGCUGGAAAAACUCCAACAGCUUCAUAUGGACAGAUGGACUUCAAACGCUGUUUGUAUUCCAGAGACUAGAAGCUACGUUUUCUGCUCUGCGGGGAGAGUUGGCCCUAUGCAUGGGGAAGCAGCUGGACUUUCCAAGGAAGGUUCAGACCAGCUGUGUUCAGCAUUCAAGAAGGAAGAUCUUCCCUCUUGCAAAUCAGAGUGUCCCCAUCGGUCUCAAGUGCGGCAUCCCUUCCUUGCCUCCUACCUCCGUUCCACCCCCUUUCCUUCCUUUCCUCUGUACCAUUCAUUCUCCCUGACCCGCCUUUCUUGCUGAGGGUUCUGUGGCUCUUACCCUUGUGAAGCUCUUCCUUUAGCCUGGGACAGAAGGACCUCCCAGCCCCAAAGGAUCUCCCAGUGACCAAAGGAUGCGAAGAGUGAUAGUUACAUGCUCCUGACCAAUCACACCACAGACAUUUAGAUUUUUAUACCCAAGGCACUUUUAAAAAAUGUUUUAUAGAGAAUAAAUUGAAUUCUUGUUCCAUAAAUGGUGGAGUCUGUCUGUCUAGCUAGAUCUCUUCAUGGUUAAGAGGUGUGCCAAGGUCCAGCUUAGCAUCUACUUGACCCAGAGGGAAGAUUGAGCCACAGAUGAAAUACAGAUCUUUGUUGAGUUCCACUAUGAGUACAAAGUAUUUUAGUGGAAAUUCAAGAUGGAAUCUGAUGCUGCAUCCCCCACUCCUGGAGUUCCAGAUUUCUGUGCUCUGUUCCAACUGUCCUUAUCAGAAACCUUAACUGCCCUCAGAAGAAUAAAAAUAUUCCUUAGCCAGUUUUGGCAAAAGCAACUUUUAA